GGGCUUGGCAGCCUUCGGGGGCUGCAGGGAUUGUCAGAGGUGCCCCUUUGGGAGGAGUUACAGGGCAGGUGACAGGGAUGACGAGAUUUGGCAGGGAGGUAACAGGAUGAUCCUUGACAGAUCCGGGUGUGGAGGGACGGCUGAGGAUCCCUGGCUUCACCUGGCCCUAGAGAAUCCAGUGAAUGAUGCCUUCAGUGUUUGACAAAGAACUUGUCCAGAUACUCUGCAGAUAUUAAGCCCUUGCCACCCAAUAUAAAGGAUAAACUGAUUAAACUAAUGAGUAGGCAAGGGCAAAUAACUGAUGCAAAUAUCAGUGAGGUAUUGCACCCUGCUGUGGAGUCUCUGGACCUCCGAGACUGUGAUAUUUCAGAUAAUGCAUUAUUGCAGCUUUAUAACUGCAAGCAGCUGAAAAAAAUCAACUUAAAUUCUUGCAAGGAGAACAGAUUUGGAAUUACUUCAGAAGGAGUCAUAGCACUGGCCUUAUCCUGUCCUUACCUGCGUGAAGCGUCUUUCAAAAGGUGCUGUGAUAUAACAGACAGUGGAAUUCUGGCUCUUGCACUCAACUGCCAAUUCCUUCAAAUAGUGAACUUGGGGAGCUGCUCGGGCAUCAUGGAUGCAUCUCUGCAGGCACUAGGAGAAAACUGCAAAUUUCUUCACAGUGUGGACUUCUCAUCUACUCAGGUAACAGAUGAUGGUGUUGUAGCACUAGUGAGUGGAACAUGUUCGAAGAAUUUAAAGGAGAUACACAUGGAGCGCUGUGUGAACCUGACGGACGUGGCUGUGGAAGCUGUCCUUACCUGUUGUCCCAAGAUACACAUUUUUCUGUUCCAUGGAUGCCCACUGAUAACAGAUCGUUCCCGAGAUGCUUUAGAGCAACUCAUCAUAUCAAACAAAAUCAAGCAACUGACUUGGACUGUUUACUGAUGAUUUAUGCUGUACAUGUGAGUGUCAAGUUUACAGGUGGGAGAGCUCCUUCAGCAAACAUGCACCUUGGAGAGCUGGCUGGUGACUUUUGUGCCACCAGGUUGCAUCCCUCCUGCUUCCCACUGGAGGGCUCCGUUGCCAUUCCAGUCCUUGCCUGUGAGCCUCGGCUUCCCCAUUGUAUCUCCUUUGAGUCCUGUCUGUCUUUGCAUUGAUCAUACUUCAUUAAGAGGGAAGUUAAACUAUAAUUAAUAUUACAGGGCCGUUGCUCAGGCUUCAAGAAGUGCUGGAUUUGGCUGCUACUUAGUAUCCUUUAGCAAUUUAGCAAUUUGUACAAACCCAGUUUAGGUAAGUCUGUGUUCGGAGUUCUGUAUUCUGGGAUGGUACUUGCAGCUAAAAGUACCGAGCCCAAACAUAACAUUGACACACAGAAAUGUCUGUAAAGUUGGGAGUUUAACAAAAAUCAACAGACAGAACUGGUGAAUGGAGGUGGCAUUAACAGCAGUACAAAUGUACUUUCAAUAGUAACAAAGACUCUCCUUUCACCAUGUACUUCUGCUAGGUCUGAAAUAAAAAAUAUAGGCACCUUUCUUCUGAUGUUACUGAUACUGAAGAUUUCUGUUCUUAUUUACCAUCAAAUACUUGCUGGAUUUUUACAUAUCCAAAACUACAGCCUGUGAAUGUGUAAACAUAAACUUGCUUUGGAACUGUUAUGGUGACUUUACAAAUUUCAGAGUAGUAGCUGUGACCAAAAGGAUUUUAUAUAUGGGAAAAUAUUCCAUUUGCUCUGUAUUUUGCCUGUGUUUCUACAGGAAAAUCCUUUUAGGGAACAAAACAUUGGUACUCAUAAGUGUAUCUGUGAGUGAAAUAGGACCAAAUGUAGUGUCUGGGGACAUAAAUCACAGGAUGGUAGAGUAUGUGUUCUGCUGUAUGCAGUUCAUUAUACAUCCAAGGGCCCCCAAAAGGUGAAAAUACAAAAAAAAUUAUUGUUCAAGUAUAGUCAUAUUAAAAAUUAAUUUUUGAAUUGUAGAAUGAGUUUAUUACAUGAUGGAGCAGUGCUCUUAACACAAUUACCAGUCAUGUUCCUUGGCUUUCUUGGACCAGCAUACCCUCUAGUGAGAAUUCUAUGAUUUCUGCAUUAAGCUCCUUAAUGCAAGCCAUUUUAGCUUUAUAAGGGCAUGGAACACACUGUGUUCAUCCUCUAGAUCUGGAAGUAGAAGGGUUUAGUUAUGGUGAUCUAACAUGGAUUUGAUGACAUCUGGAAACCCAAAGAGUUUAGGCAACCAUAAGGAACAUGUUUACCACUUAACUCUUGUUAUAGCCACACCUAAGUGUUGCAGAAAUAAACCAGUCUUGUAUUAAUCUAUUAAAAGUGCAGGUCUAAUUGCAUGGAACGUAUUUUUUGUUGCCAAUAUUAAAGAAUAUUAUGAUGUUUGACAACCAUCUUUGUUCUUCUUGAUUAUAUGGUUUAUGAAAGUGCAAGUCUAUUUAGAAAAGUUGUUCAGGUGUAACUAAAAGCAUAUUUUUCCAAGAGCAGCACAUAAAUCCCUUAUUCUUGUUGCAUGGCUCAGCUCAGUGAUGUGUUCCUAUGAUCCCUGCGGGUGUAACUGCACCAGUACAAACCAUUGGUGCAAGAAGUUGAUUUUGCUACAGUAGCCACAAGCAUCUGACAGUUGUCAUUGCAGCAAAUCCUUGUGCCAGAUAGAGACCUAAUAACCUAAUUACCAUGUUUUAUUUCCCCUUUGUUUUUUUUGGUUUUUUUUCUAAAGAUUAGCUUAUUGUUAAGCCCUGUGGAAUCAUCAGUCAGGGCCUUUGAACUCUUGGACAAAUCUGUGUUGCACUUUAUUUGAUAUUGAAUUGUGUAGCUGUUUAGGCAGCUCUGUGAAGCAAUGCUAAUGCUAACCUCGGUGUCAAAGUUAUCCUUUUUCUCCUUGCUGAUAUAACCUUGGAUUUGUUAUGUUGAAGGCAGAUGCAGCUUAUACUGUGUCCUUAAGCGUGCCUGUAGAUUUACCAUCCUCCCCUACAGCCUCUUGUCAAUGUGUAACUUAGUGGUACAUCCUCAACUUGUGCUUAAAAAGCUGUAAACAAGGUAACACUGUAUUUUUAGGUUUGAAAGUUUAAUGUAAGUUAUUUUAAAUCUUUCACCAUUAGAGCUUGAGUCUGCCUUUAUGUGUUUAGUAUUUGCUUAACUCUACUGGAAUGUUUUUUGGUUCAUAGUAAUUUUCAACAAAUGUUUACAGACACUGGGUGAAGUGGGAGAACCUCAUGUGCUUACCACUUCAUGUUCUCUAUUGUUUGGAUAUUGUUAUUGUUGUGAGCCUUGCAGAAUAUUCACAUAUUGUUCUGAAGAUUAAAGUUUAGAAGUUGGCUGUUUGGAGAGUUCUGAAAACUUGUUGGAUUAUAGAACCAUGUACAUCUGA